AUGUUCUCAUGCAUUCUCAAUGUCUCCCCACCACCUCCAGCUGCUUUGACACCUAUCUCUACAUAUGGCCAUCAUUAUUCCUCGCUGCCACAGCCUGCUUUCCCUCCAUCCAACUCUUCCUACAUCACACCACCCAUCUAUCCCCCUCCAUCAUUCUUUGCACCCACCCGCCUCUCCCUCUCUCAGACUCCAGAUGAAGGGCAUUGGGAGCUCAAUAUGGAUCCGGUGACGUUUAGGGAGCUCGAGGACAUGGUCAAGAAGUAUUUGGUACAUCAACAACUUUACCCUUCUCACAUUCUUCCCUCAUCAUCCCAGACAACUCCUCCUCCUACCACAAAUCUCUUCCUGCCUCCUCCAGCCACUUUGGCACCUACACCUACAUAUGGUCAUUGUUAUCCUUCACUGCCAAAGCCUGAUUCCCCCCCGCCCAACUCUUCCUACAUCACACCACCCACAUUGUCGUCAUCAGCGGCAUCUCCUCCAACACCCCCAGGUAUGGAGGACUGCGCAGCUUGCAUUGUUUCAGCUUCAUCUUCACCAGGUAUCCCAAAAUCCCCCCCACCCAGCUCUUCCUAUGGUGUGGAUCACUUAGAGACCACUACUUAG